AUGGCUCCGAAUCGAGACUCCACGUUUUUCAAUCCCUUACCAACACCAAUUACACCAAACAAACCCCCAAAGCUCUCCAAUAUCGAGCGCACGAUCUCCGACAUCUCCUUCGAGUUCACGGCACACCAAACUCUAAUCAACGACGACACCAAAAUUAAGAAUAAUGAUAAAUAUUAUAAUAAAGAAAAUCCUGAUAUGGAGGUUGAAGAUGCCGAGUGCGAGUGCUGCGGAAUGUCGGAAGAGUGCACGCCCGAGUACGUGAGAAGGGUUCGGGAGAAGAAUUGCGGACGGAUGGUGUGCGGGCUGUGCUCGGAGGCCGUGAAGGAAGAAAUGGGAAAAAAUGGGGGGAGUCGGGAGGAGGCCGUGCGGGCCCACGUGAGCGCCUGCGCAGGGUUCAAUAGGGUCGGGCGGGCUUUCCCAGUGCUGUGCCAGGCGGAGGCCAUGCGGGAGAUCCUGCGCAAAAGCCGGGCCAAAUCACUCAGUCCCCGGGACAAAGGGGGCACUACUAAUAAUAAUAAAAGUGGAACAAACUGCCGCAUAUUGAGGAGCUCCAGUUGUAUUCCGGCGAUAUCCAAGGCCCAGGCGCAGGCCCAGAGAGAUUGA